GUUCCCUGGUUCUUUUGUUUCUUUCUUUUCUUUUAUAUUCUCUUAUUGUUCCUUUCUUCAUGUCCGAAUCAACGAAACAAUCAACUAAUAAAACGACAUCAGUUGCAGCCCCUUGUGAUCACAAACCAUUACAAGAAUGUCUAUUAAGGAACAACAAUGAUCGAUCAAAGUGUAUGAAAGAAUGGAAUGAUUUUCAACAAGCCUGCCAAAGGAAAAGGAAAGAAAACUGUGAAGCUUGUCAGAAGGAUUGAUCAUUGAACCCAUUAUUAUAGAUUAGACACUUAUAUCUGUACACACACACACAUACACUCACAUAGAUAGAUAUCGUUACCCAUUUAUUCACACUUGUUUAUAUAAUAAAGG